AUGGCAUCAAUUCCAGCAUCAGAAUUACCAGAAUGUGAAAAGCAGGAACUUUUAUGUACCUAUGCUGCUUUAAUAUUACAUGAAGAAAAAAUGAGUAUAACAAGUGACAAUAUUUUAAAGCUUAUUAAAAAUUCUAACAAUACUGUUUUGCCAUACUUACCAAUGCUUUUCGAAAGGGCUUUAAAGGGAAAAGAUAUUCAGAGCUUAUUAAGUAACUUAAGUGUAGGAAGUGCCCCUGCAGCUGCUGCCCAAGUUACAACUGAAAAACCAAGUGAAGACAAAAAGGAAGCCAAAAAAGAAGAAAAAGUAGAGGAAGAAGAAGAAGAAGAUGAUUUAGGUUUCUCCUUAUUUGGUUAA